AUGAGCAACCCUGAGGCAGUCCAGCGCGGGACGUGCCUCCUACUACCCUAUGGCGACCAGCCGCAGUAUGUCAGCGCCAACAUACCCAAUUGGAUCAGACAACCCGACGAUAUCCCGACCGAAUUAGCUCGAGUUGCGCGAGCCAUCAUCAAAGCAAAGCGUAUCGCAGUCGUCUGUGGUGCUGGAAUAUCGACACCUUGCGGCAUACCCGACUUUCGGUCGGCGGGCGGGCUGUUCAAGACGCUCAAGGAACGCAACCCCACGGCCGGUCUGACCAGCGGCAAGGAUCUCUUUGACGCUAGCUUGUUCUCUAGCGAGGCCAACAUUGCUCUCUUCAAUACGAUGGUUGGCGAGCUAAGGCAAAUGGCAGACAAAGCCGAGCCAUCAGCAUUUCAUCAUUUUCUCAAGCUUCUUGACGAUCAAGGGAAGCUGUUCCGCGUCUACACGCAGAAUAUCGACUCGAUCGAAGAGAAAGUCGGCCUGACUUACGGUCUCGAUCCUAUCGCUUCUGGCUGUCCACACGGGCCUAGCUCGAGCGCGAACACCCGCCCGCCCCCAAGUCCCUCUAAGCGCAGGCGGACUGAAGGAGCAGACCGAGCUAGCAAGAAGCUACCUCGCUCAGACGCGCCUUCGCCCGAAUCUGUCGAUUCAGAGCCACCCUUGACGAGCACGAACGGUUGGAUGUCCUCGCAAGUCACCCAGUCGUCCGCUAGUAGCUCGAGGUCAUUCUCAAGGAGCUCAUCAUCCGCUUCGAGUUCAACUGCAUCAUCCCUCGCUUCUCCUCUCGAUUUCGACACUUUCGAGCUGUCCAGCGUGUCAUCUCUGAGCGACGUGGACGGAUUGUCACCCCCCGAGCCGUCACAGAGCAGCGCUAAAGGCAAGCAGAAAGCCAAACGGCCAGAGAUGCCUCGCGUGAUACCUCUGCACGGCUGCUUGCGCUUCCUCGAUUGUCAAAAGUGCUUUCACCGCGAGCCCUUGGGACGAUACCUCGAUCAGCUCAAGCAGGGCGAGCUCAUCUGGUGUCCGGCCUGCACAGAGCGAGACGAAUUACAAGCGCUCGCAGACGGCAACGCACUUUCGCUUCGACCGAGGGGCGUCGGAAUGCUCAGAGCUUCAGUCGUGCUGUACAACGAAGUCCAUGCGGACGGAGCCAAGAUAGGCCAGAUCACCCAUCGAGAUCUCAUGGGCGCGCGACCAGAUCUGCUCAUAGUCGCGGGAACGACACUGAAAGUACCCGGUACGAAACGCUUGGUCAAGGAACUCGAGAAGGUCAUCCGACCGGCGGAGGCUAGCAAGCCGUCUGCGCUACCUCAGGUCAUCUGCCUGAAUUACGAAUUUCCUGCGCCAGCGAAGGAAUGGGGCGAGGUCUUUGAUUGCUGGCUCAAAGCGGACGUCCAGUCAAUAGUCGAUAUUGUUGCGGACGAGCAAGCUGCUCAGACCAAACGCUUGCUUGAGCGAAAGAAUGAUAAGGCGAAGCGAGCGCAAGAGGCCGAACGGAAGAGAUUGGAAAAGGCUGAACGACGACGCGUGCGCGAAUGGAUAGCAAAGGAGAAAGAUGCUCGAACACUCUUGAAGGAUCGACUCGCCCUUGCCAAAGCGCGCAAAGGACCUCUUGUCACUAAGGUUAAGGCAGUAGACCGCCCUCAAGCCCCUCUUGCGCCUGCAGAGCCUGCACCUAAACCUAGCUGGGUUCUUGCACCAGUACCGCAUCACUCAGUCUUUGCGGCCGAUCCGAUUGUAGAAGGCAAACGGGAGCGCAAGCCAAGCAUUCUGCUAAGCAGUCCGAAGAAGCCACCCGCACAGCGCCAGAUGAGUGGUUACUUCAAGAGUGCAAAGUCAGCAUCAAAGCCAACCGGAAAACCAACGCCGACUGAGAUGACUGUGAUCGCUGCACCCGUGACGAACGCUGUGACUUGUUAG